GCAUGCUAUUCUGCGCCAUUACAACGUGACGACGUCGUGAGUUGGGUCAAGCAAGAUUGAGAGUUGCUACUGCUACAUAAUACGUUAAUUUUGUGAGUGAAAUUCACUCUUUGACUGAUCCUGCGAAGUAAUUGAACACCUAUACACAGUUUCCAGGAGAGUCGCCAAACAUUGAAGGUUGUCUGUUCAGGUUGGCAGCACAACUUCAAACUGUUCAAGCCAAUUUUACCCAACCAUGUGGAAGUUAUGCACUAGCGGCCAUGGAUUCACCGGGUAACUUCUGUAUGUAUGACUCUGAAUAUUAUACCGAAAAAGAUCUCGAUAAACCAGAUCAAGUUUUUCUUUUCGGUAACGAAGACGAUUCGAUGAAUUUUGGGGGACUCGCCGAUUAUACCGGGCUGUUUCAGAACGAAAAUUCGAUUGACUUGAACGCCUAUAUUAACCCCUCAACUUCCCCUACCAACGGCUUCAUCCAGCUGUCUGACCUUCUGCCCUCAUCGCCCUCAAAGUCUACCCUUCCAACGGAGUUGCCCCCUUUGAUCCGGCCAGAAGAGGCAGAGGCAGCGCCUGGCGCCCAACCCAACGCCAGACAAAUAGCUCAGAGCACCUUGUUACCAUCGGUCACAGUGGCUAACUUGCCCGACUCGAUGCCCUCAUCACAUCCCCAGUUCAUGCCACAGCCCCAGCUGGACUGUACGGAGGGAGCAGCCGCCUUGCAGGUGAAGGCAGAGCCCACCGAGCAGGUUGAGCCAGCCUCAAGGUACUACACUGAUGACUACGACGACGACGACGACGACGCAAGUACCUACACAAGUGGCCCUUCAAGACCGGCUACCCCCAUCCUUAAGAGUCCAGUGCAGCGCGGCCGGAAAUCGAGCAAGUCAAGCUCCUCGAGGAGAGUACGCCUAGUUCUUGACAAAGAGUCCGAGGAAUACAGACAGAAAAGGGUCAAGAACAAUAUAGCCGUACGCCGAAGCAGAGAGAAGAGCAAAGCCAAAUCACUUGAACUUCAGAGCAAAGUCAAAGAACUUACAUCGGAAAAUGAACGAUUGAACAAGCGAGUGGAGCUGCUGACCAAAGAACUGACUGUUCUGAAGAGCCUGUUUACAAAUGUGGGAAAGUCGGCUCCCACUAGCCUGGCCAACAUGCAAAUGUGAGGGUGGUACAGUUCCCAGACCAUGGGGUGGAUUUAGCCCCUCCCAAGUGUUGAGUGGUGCACGUCACCACAUUAUGGGGUUCAGCAUAUCAUGUUGGUUUUUUGUUAGUGGGAGUCGCCUUUGUUUUUGCAUGAGAUACUGUGGGCAAGCACUUGUGCAUGGAAAUGCAAGAUUAGGCUCUGUUUUAAGUGCACAGAAUUAUGCGCAUGAAACAAGUCUUCAGUGUCCUAAUGUUUGUAUCAAUAGCAGACUUGCCAAGACCUUGAGGACCACAGAACACUUGCGUGCAUGCACCGAUUCCCAAGCAAAAAGGCCUAAUUCACAAAAGCUGUACCACGUUGGCUCAUGCAGUGAAAGAACCCUUGGUAAACAUUUGUUUAACUGGACAUUUACUUGCAGUUCUGGUGUUUGUGGGAGUUCAUUGAGAAGGGAACUUGCUUCAUUUGAAUUGUGUCAACAGAGUUUCUACUUUCUUUCAAGGUUCCUUUUGAAGUACUUCAAGUACUUUAAAGAUUGUGGUGUUAGGAUAUGAGGGAGAUUCUAGGUCACCUUUUUAGAUUGUAAAAUGCUUGAAGUUAUAUUAUAAAGUUAUGUAUUUUCUGUUUUGACUUGAGAAAGUACAUAUUUAGCUGAUCUUUUAUGAGAAUUGUAUGCAAAUAAUUUGCCUUGUAUAACAGUGGUUGAAAUUGGACAUGACAAGGAAAAAAGUUUGUUGAUCAUUUAAUCAAUUGGCUUUGCAUGUUAACAUGAUGUAGUAUCUGUGAAAAAUGUUAAAUAUGUAUUUUCACUGCUUUUCGGUGGGGAGGGAUUUGUUCAUAAGUGACUUGCUUGUAAGUUUGAAAAUUUUGCUGUCUGAGAAUUUUAAAAAUGUUUUAACUUGGAGUUCACCUUGUUCGCUGAGAACUUGAACUUGUAAGUACAUUUUGCUACACUUAUUGCACAUUUAGUAGCCAUGCUCCGUAAAGAAAUGUGACAUCAUAUGUUACUUAUGUGAAUAAGCCUCAACACGUGUUACUAGCAAUUGCUUCUAAGCAGGGAUUGAAAUCAUAGGCUCUUUGUAUACAUGUAUUUUCAGUGUAUUUGUAGCUUAAAUGGUUACAGAUAUAGUAGCAUCAUGAUUGAAAUCGGUGACUGAAAAGGUUCACUUCUGUAUGUCAGAUAUUCUGUGUUCCCUUUUGAGAUUUACUGGAAACUUAAUUUUAAAGUGAUUAGAAUCAUAGUGCUCUGUUUUAGAAUUAAGUAAACAUUAAGGGGGAAAAGAAAUUGCAUUUGUCAAGUUGCAUGUACUUUUCUUCCCGGUAUUGUACCGUUGAUCCGCUUAUCAGGACCAGUUGGAACCGGUUUUAUCAGCAAAUUGAUGUUGGUAAAUGUACUGUCAUGUAGGUCUGCCACCAGUACGUGACGGUUGGCAUAUACCUAAUAGCCCUAAAUCAUCAGAUUUCAGUAUGAUUUUACAUACACCCUGGUGGGUUAGGAUGAAAUGUUUGAAGUGAUUUAGAUUGGGAGGAGAACUCCUGUAGGAUACCCGACAACUGACUACAUGCAAUUGAAUGUUAUUAAACGAAUGAAAGAGGCACAUGGAUUUAGUUUGUAAGACAUAGUAAAAAUUAAAUCCACACGAGCAUGAAAUUCGGAAGGCUUCAGUCGCACAGUACAUGAUUAAGUGCAGAAGGAAUUUAAUUCUCAGACCAGUACACUGAAAAUAAACAUUCGCAAAUCAA